UUUGCUUUGACGGCUGGUUCUGCCAUGAUAACGCUUGCGUAUCUGAACAAUCUGGCUUAUUUAGCAGAAACACAUUUGCGCAGUCGAAGUCGAAGUCAUAGAGGCUGUCAGUGCCGAACACGUCAUGGUGUGGAGGAGGCGCUCAAGAAAGAGUAGGACAGACUGCCAGCAGUCAGCACUUGUGGAGAAGUGAAGUAUGGUUCCACAUCCCGCUGAGAGAGAGAAGAGGUGGCGUGAGCAUUGUCCAGGAUCGACUGUUGUAACGUACAAUCACCCAAGCGGCAGAACUUCGUAUACCUACGUAUCUGCCUCAGGGCAGAAGUUUCGCUCGUGGAAGCAAUGUGUACGGUACAUGGGAGAAGAUCCUCUCGAAUCGGUGUCAUGGAAGGAUACGAGCUCAAAUGGAGAAGAGACGAAGCCUUGCACGGCUGGCGCUAAUUACAUCCAGUCAACAGAAGUACAGGCCCUACCAUGGAGGCAUGUCGAUAGCACCCAUCCCUCAUCACCAGGAGAGAAGGGCAGUCUCAGUGGAGACAGGUCUGUAAUUCGCAAGUCUCAAACGCUGAAUGUCAUUUCUUCCUCAUCUUCAUCUGAAGAUGAGGAAGACAGUCGGGAUCAGAAAGCUCCUUUAGCACGUAAGCAAGCAAUCUCCAUUUCUUCUUCGAAAGAAAUCGAAAAUGAUACCGACGGCUCCUCUUCAUCCGAAUCCUUGGACGACAGCAAACAAGCUGCUGCAGCUGCACAUUCUUCUUCUUCUUCGUCUGCCGUCUCAUCGUCAUCAUCCGACGAGCUCGAUGAUCGAGAAGAUGCAGACAAACGCCCAGGUCCCUCGCAAGAUUCUGUCGAGAAGCCGGAUGCUCUAGGUCCCAACCACACGAUCGACAUUCCGACGGUCAGAGCGGACACGACGCUGCUCCUCAGGAACUCCGACGUGACCGAACUCGCGACAGCCGCUGCAGACCCGACUCCGACUCCGACUCCUCCAGGCCCGAACGAGAAGGCAGCAGGAGCAGAAGCUGACGCCCGACGCAAGAACCGCGGCGAACGAGGAGGCCAUGGCCUUGACGCGACAACAAGUGCAAGGGGAGCAAAAGAAAAAGGCAAAAGGCUCGCCACGAAGCGAGCAGAUUUAAAGCAGAAGCGGAAGGUGCGUGAAGAUGCAGGAGAAAGCCUGGGCACCAAGUGCAAAUCUCGAGGCAGGCACGAGCCACUCUCCUCGAGACCGAGUCGAUCCCGCGCUCGAGAGGCCUCCGACUCCGACUCCGACUCCAGCCUCAAGGAGCGUCUGUGGAAGGCUUUCGAGGAAGCAAUCAAGCGCAGAAAGUCGUCCACCGCCCGUCCCACCCACAACUGCACCCGAGACCCCGGCACCAGCCGAAGCACGCACUGCCACUGCUGCUGCCACGGCGCUGCGGUGAUUUUCGUCUGCCCUUGCAGCGCGACCACACCCCUCUCGUGACUGCAGCCUGCAUUUUUGCCCGACCAUUUCAUCCCCGAAUCCCGUUGCAGCCUCGAUGGAAUCUGCGUCUGCAUGAGGUGACAUGUCGUGCCCGGAUUCCGACAUGUCACCUCAUGCACACCAGCUCUUGCUCUUCGAAGCCAAGGGACAAUCAUAGCUUCACUCCAUCUCCCACUUGUACUUUGUUCUUGCUCUCAAUCUAGAGCCAGAUUUAUAUCUACAUGAGCAACGUUAUGAACGAAAAGUAAUUACGACAUUACUUUUAUAAUCGUUAAUCUAUAUCAAAUAUCUACCUCACCAAGAUACACUAAAACACAAGAGAAUUUUGAUCACAAUGGUAAUAACUUUUGGUAAUGUCUAAACUUAAGAAUUUCUGAUAAUGUUCUUUACAUCUCUAGCUUCUAGCUGUGGCCAC